CACACCAAGUCACCAGCAAGACGACCAACCAUUUGUCGUAUUCCUGCAUUGCCUACCGCCUGGUGUUUUAAUAUAACCGAAGUUUUGGGCUCGUGGCUUAAACCGCCUCACGCACACUUAGUUCUACACAUCAAACCGCUUCUACAUAUUCAACACCAACCACAACAACCACCAUGCCGCCAAAAAAAGGAGACCAGCCUAAGGCGCCCAAAGUCGUCAUCGACAAGACUUUUGGUAUGAAGAACAAAAAGGGGGGUGCCGCUCAGAAACAGAUCAAGCAGAUCCAGGCCUCCGCUGCUGCCAACAAAUCCGCGGAGCAGAAGAAGAAGGAAGCCGCCAGAGAGGCACGGGAGAAGGAAAAGGCGGCUGCAGAACAAGCGAGAAAAGAAGCAGCCGAGCUUUUUAAGCCCGUGCAAGUCCAGAAAGUGCCAUUUGGCGUGGAUCCUAAAACGGUUGUCUGUCAGUUCUACAAGAAGGGGGUAUGCGAGAAAGGCAAGAAAUGCAAGUUCUCUCAUAACCUGGAUGUGGAGCGCAAGACAGAGAAGAAGAAUCUGUACGAAGAUACACGGGAAAAGGAAAGAGAGGAGAAGGAAAAGGACGCCAUGGAAGAGUGGGAUGAGGAGAAGCUGCGAAAAGUCAUUUUAAGUAAACAUGGAAACCCUAGGACUACGACAGAUAAGGUGUGCAAGUACUUUAUUGAAGCGAUUGAGGAUUGCAAGUACGGCUGGUUCUGGACGUGUCCGAAUGGAGGAGAUAAAUGCAUGUACAAGCACAGCUUGCCGCCCGGAUUUGUCGUCAAAACCAAGGAACAGCGUGCCGCCGAAAAGGCCCUCAAGGACAAGUCACCCCUUAACACGUUGACGCUCGAAGACUUCCUGGAAUCCGAACGGCACAAGCUUACCGGAAAUCUCACCCCCGUGACGCCGGAGACAUUCGCGAUAUGGAAGAAGAAUCGCCUUGACAAGAAGCUAGCUGAGGAACAGGCUAAAGCGGCCAAAGAGGCUACGGGCCGUAUGCUGUUUGAGAAGGGAGACUGGCAGAGGGAUAGCGACGACGAUAGUGAGGACGACGAUCCCGGCGCGUGGAACCUGGAGGCCUUGAGACGGGAGACAGAAGCGGCGAGGGCCAAGAAGGAGGAGGAACGGCUAGCGGCUCUGGCGGGAGGGCCUGUUGGGGAUAUUAUUCCUGCAACUGCAUCCAUGUCGCUGGAUGAGAGCUCUAACGGAAAUUCUUGAGCACGCCAGCGUAUGUGCAGAAGUAAAGGGACGCAUAGAGACCGAGAGCCGGAGGUCCAACGGCCUUCUCGGCCGGAGUUGUUGCCGGUGGGAGGAUUUACACUCGCUGUUUUACGGAAGGUGAGCCAGUCUGGCGGCUUUGGCUCGACCACUCUCUGCAUGAAAUCUACGUCAGCGGCAUUUUCAUGAAGGGCAAGGCGAGCAACACGGAACGGAUCAAGGGCUGAUCUUUUCGUCUGCGACCUCUCCCUUCUCCGGAGUACUAUCCCAGCACAUAAUGGAAGGGGGGUUUUUGGUGACGGUAGAAAAUAGGCGUUUACGGAUCGUGAUACUGCUGCACAAAUUGUAUCCAACGAAGUCGCUUCUAUUUCAAAGUUUGGCCCACGCUCUUGCGAGGAAAUGCCUUCGCUCGUUAUCUUUUAUUUUUUUUCCACCUUGAGACUGGCAG